UGAUGCAGGAGCGAUGCUGUCACUGAAAGAAAAAAAAACACAGAGAGAAGAAAAGCUGGGAGCUGUACACGAAAACGCAAGGGCAAAAGGCGAGCGAGAGAGAGUUCACGGAUCACGAAAGGUGUCGUUUUUACUUGCAAAAAUCCAAUCUUUAGCUUCUCCCGAUGCGAGGCGCCCGAGCCUGCCCUUCCUCCUCCCUGUGCGGGAACAGUGGCUACCAAAAGCGGCAGAAGCCGCGGCAAGGCAAGGCCCCCGGCCCCGCCACGCCACGGUGGUGGAGCCCGGAGCCCCCCCUCCUUCUCCCUCCUCCUCUCGUCGCUUCCGCCUUGGCUCGUCUUGUGCCUACGCGAGAGCCAGAGAUUGGGGGGGAAGGUUGCAUUCAUUGAUGCCGCCGCGGCGCCGCUGCUGCUUUUAACGCGCUCGUCGUCGGCGUCGUCGGCUGCCCUCCACCGCAAUCAAGGCCAAUUUGGCGCGCGGCGAGGAGGAGGAGGGAGGAGGAGAUGGGGAUUGACCUGAACACGGUGGAGGAGGAAGCGGAGGAGGGGGCGGCGGCGGCGGUGUGCGGGGAGCUGUGGCACGCGUGCGCGGGGCCAGGGGUGGCGCUGCCGCGGCGCGGCAGCGCGCUCGUGUACCUGCCGCAGGCGCACCUCGCCGCGGACGGCGGCGGCGGCGAGGUGCCGCCUGCCGGCGCCGCGGCCGUGCCCCCGCACGUCGCGUGCCGCGUCGUCGGCGUCGAGCUGCGCGCGGACGCGGCGACGGACGAGGUGUACGCGCGGCUCGCGUUGGUGGCGGAGGGCGAGAUGUUGCAGCGGAACUUCCGCGAGGGUGGAGGUGAAGAUGGUGCAGGGGAGAUGGAGGGUUGUGAUGCAGAAAAGAAGCCCCGGAUGCCACACAUGUUCUGCAAAACUCUCACAGCAUCUGAUACAAGCACCCAUGGAGGUUUCUCUGUUCCUCGCCGGGCUGCAGAGGACUGUUUCCCACCUUUGGACUAUAAGACAGUUAGACCUUCUCAAGAGCUGAUUGCCGUGGACUUACAUGGCACACAAUGGAAGUUCAGGCAUAUUUAUAGAGGCCAGCCUCGUAGGCAUCUUCUAACGAUUGGAUGGAGCUCAUUUGUCAAUAGGAAAAAACUAGUCUCAGGGGAUGCUGUCUUGUUUCUUAGAGGUGAUGAUGGCCAACUAAGAUUGGGUGUAAGGAGAGCAGUUCAACUUAGAAAUGAGGCCCUCUUUGAACCUGUCAACAGCAGCGAUUCAAAGCUACGCAUUCUAUCUUCUGUUGCCAGUUCCUUGGAAAAUAAAAGUGUUUUCCACAUUUGUUUCAACCCAAGGAGUGGUGCGUCAGAAUUCAUUGUACCGUAUUGGAGAUUAUUGAAGAGCCUGAACCAUCCAUUUUCCAUUGGAAUGAGGUUCAGAGUUUGCUAUGAGAGUGAAGAUGCUAAUGAGAGGUCCGCUGGAUUAAUUUCAGGCAUUAGUGAAGUUGACCCCAUAAGAUGGCCUGGAUCAAGAUGGAAAUGCCUACUGGUAAGAUGGGAUGAUAGUACAGAUAGCAGCCACCAAAACAGAGUUUCUCCAUGGGAGAUCGAGAGAGUUGGUGGCAGUGUCUCGGUUACCCAUUCCUUGUCAUCUGGGUCUAAGCGAACCAAAUUGCACUUUCCUCAAGGCAGUUUGGAUACUCCAUUUCUUAAUGGAAAUGGUCACCCGGACUCCAUGGGAACUGAAAAUUUCCACAGGGUCUUGCAAGGUCAAGAAUUUAGGGGUUCUAGGUCCCAUGGUGUUGUAUGCUCUGAAUCACCUGGUGUACCAAACUUUCAAUCUCCUGACAAUAGGAGAUUUUCUGCUGAUAUGCGGGGCUACAUGAUGCCAGCAAGUGGGCCCCCACAGCGGAACACAGAGUUUACUUAUCAGCCCAUAGGCUUCAGUGAGUCUCUUGGAUUCCCAGAGGUCUUGCAAGGUCAAGAAAUGUCACAAGUAGUUCCUUUGUUCCGAGGAGCUACUUUUGGCGCUCGUACACAGAAUGACAGAGUUGUCUCUGCUAAUUCUGUGCAUAGAUCAGCUGCACAGAGUGGAUUGCUAGCUUCAACUCUAGGGCAUCCCAUCUCGCAGUUUACUCUGUCAUCGUCAAAGGUAUCUUCUCCCUCGUCGGUUCUGAUGUUUAACCAAGCGACAGCUCCAAAUCAUGAAACAGUAAGCGGAACCAACAACAAAGGUAUGCAUGUCAGCCAGUUUGCUUCCCAGGAGAUGCUCUCAGAAACUGUAACCUGGCCCGGCACACAACGUCAAACGCCGAGCGAAAUCACGAGCAACCAGUUCGCCCUGGCGAGAAUCCCAGCUCCUCCAAGCGGAGCUGAAUCCGGAUUGCCCAAGAGGGAUGCCGGGAGAAGCAGCUGCAGACUGUUUGGCUUCUCCCUGACAGGCAACAUGCUGGGAGAAGAUGGAGAAGGCCUAGAUGAUGGAGCCAUUGAAGCUGGUUGCGAAAACCCGCCCGUGCUGGAGCUGUUUGGGCACAGCCAUUCUACUCCCGGUGCUCUUCAUGCCCUGUGUGCUGCUGCUCCCCUGGGAAUGUGAUGCUGCUGCAGUACUGAUGGUUUGCUCUGGGGAAAUGGUCGUUGCAUCAAGCUACCUAGCUGAAACAAACUGAAUAAUGUGUUAGCUACUUCCUAGAUUUCUUCGGCACAUUCUUGUAAGGAUUGCAGCGGCGCCAUUUGUAUGUUGGUGCCACAUGAUGCAUGUAAGACUGUAACUGUACCUUGAAAUUUCGGCUGUUUGUCCGUAGCUUAUGACAUGAAGACUAUGCAGAAGCAGAUCCUCGAACUUAACUACACGUAGCAUGCUGUAUGACUAUACGAGUCAACUGCACGUGCAGUUAAGUUGGAGUAUCCUGAUGGUGUUGUUUUGACAGUUGUGAAGCUAGGCCGCUAGGGUGUUACUUUUCAGCUACUUCACCGAAUUAUUAUUGCAAAUUAUUUAUUUUAUGUC